GUUCUGCUAACAACAACAGCGAUUGACCACCUCCUCCUCCUCCUCCUCAUUCUUCCUCUUGUUCUACAACAAUAAUAGGGAUUGAAGUGUUUUUUAAAAAUUCACAUGAACGUGGAAAUAUCCCCGGGGUUUUAAAUCCACACGCACCGUGGACAGCCAUGCUGUCGGACGCAGACUAUUCGGGGAACGCCUCCGGUUCUCGGCGAGCCAGGAAGAGAAGCUCUGGUGAGUCACCGGGCGACAGCCAGACCCUGCGUUCCUCUGGGCGGCAGAUCAACGUCCGGGUGAAGCGCACCAACAAUCCUCCACCUGGACAGAGCAAAAGAAAAGCCACAGAUACGGAGGAGGAAGACGAUCAGUCUGAGAAGAAGUACAGGAAGUGUGAGAAGGCUGGGUGCUCGGCCACUUAUCCCGUUUGUUUUGCAAGUGCAUCAGAAAGGUGUGCUAAAAAUGGAUACACGUCUAGAUGGUAUCAUCUGUCAUGUGGCGAACAUUUUUGCAACGAAUGCUUUGACCAUUAUUACAGAAGUCACAAAGAUGGUUAUGAGACUUUUGCAUCAUGGAAGAAAGUGUGGACUAGUAACGGGAAAAGUGAGCCCAGUCUCAAAGCAUUCAUGGCCGAUCAGCAGCUGCCAUUCUGGGUUCAAUGCACCAAACCGGAGUGUAGGAAGUGGCGUCAACUGACCAAGGAGAUCCAGCUCACGGCUAACCUCGCAGCAACGUAUCGCUGUGGAAUGAAGUUCAACAACAUCAAGAGUGAGGGACCGGACCACUGCUCCCAACCAGAAGACCUGAGAGUGGCUGAGGUGUCCGACAGCUGGUGGCAUUCAAUGCUGAUUUUGCCGCCUCUGUUUAAAGAAAGUCCGGCCGGCCCUUUCCUCGCAGCCUAUUAUCCCGACUGUGUGGGCAUGAGUCCGUCAGGUUCACUCAGCAACAUGGCCCAGUCUGACCUGAGGGCAGAUCACUGUCGAGCCGUACCGCCACAAAUUCCAGGUCUGUGUCCGUACUUCCAGCCCUUCUACCAGCCUAACGAAUGCGGCAAGGCUCUGUGUGUGCGGCCGGACAUGAUGGAGCUGGAUGAGCUGUAUGAGUUUCCAGAGUUUUCCCGUGAUCCCACCAUGUAUUUGGCUUUGAGGAACCUUAUUCUGGCUUCCUGGCACAAGAACUGCAAGGAGAUGCUGACUCCUCAGAAAUGUGCGGAGCACAUCAUUGUCCGUGGUUUGGUGCGUGUGCGCUGCGUGCAGGAGAUGGAGCGUGUGCUCAACUUCAUGACCAGGAAGGGUUUGAUCAACACAGGUGUGCUAGCAGUCAAGCAGCCUCUCCUACCUGAGAGACUUCGCUCUAAAAACGUCAUCGUCAUCGGAGCAGGAGCCUCAGGUCUGGCUGCUGCUCGACAGCUGCAGAACUUUGGCACUCAGGUGGUGGUGCUUGAAGCAAGGGAGAGAAUCGGAGGUCGAGUGUGGGACGAUGCGUCUCUGGGUGUCACUGUGGGUCGAGGAGCUCAAAUUGUCAACGGCUGUGUCAACAACCCCAUCGGCCUGAUGUGUGAACAGAUGAGCAUCAAGAUGCACAAGCUGGGAGAGCGGUGUGACCUCUUUCAGGAGGGAGGACAAGUCACAGACACUGCCAUUGACAAGCGCAUGGACUUCCAUUUCAACGCCAUCCUGGACGUGGUCUCAGAGUGGAGGAAGGACAAGUCACAGAACCAGGACAUACCACUGGGAGAAAAAGUCCAGGAAGUGAAGAAGAACUUUCUGCAGGAGUCUGGGAUCCAGUUCAGUGAGUUGGAGGAAAAAGUGCUUCAGUUUCAUCUCAGCAACUUGGAAUUUGCCUGCGGGAGCACGUUAGAACAGGUAUCAGCAAGAUCCUGGGACCACAAUGAGUUUUUUGCCCAGUUCUCAGGAGACCACACGUUACUCACUAAGGGCUACUCUGUUUUACUCCACAAACUGGCCGAGGGCCUCGACAUCCGCACAAAGUGUCCGAUUCAGGCCAUUGACUACUCAGGAGACGUUGUCAGAGUUACCUCCUCCAAUGGAACCCAGUGGACAGCACAGAAGGUUCUCGUUACCAUCCCGCUGACAUUACUGCAGAAGAACAUGAUUCAGUUCAACCCUCCACUUUCUGAGAGGAAACUAAAAGCUAUCCACAGUCUGGGAACUGGUAUCAUAGAAAAGAUCGCUCUUCAGUUCCCGUACAAAUUCUGGGACAAAAAAAUCCAAGGGGCAGAUUACUUUGGUCACAUCCCGCCAAGUCCUGACAAGAGAGGCAUGUUCAGUGUCUUUUAUGACAUGAAUCCACAGGGAAAGCAAGCCGUCCUCAUGUCCGUCAUCACUGGUGAUGCUGUGCGUGCUGUCCGGGACAUGGAGGACAAGGAGGUGGUGGACGAGUGCAUGAAGGUUCUUCGAGAACUCUUCAAAGAACAGGAGGUCCCGGAGCCGGUGCAUUUCUUUGUCACACAUUGGAGCAAAGAUAUGUGGUCUCAGAUGUCCUACAGCUUUGUAAAGACAGGGGGCAGCGGUGAGGCUUACGAUAUUCUCGCUGAAGACAUACAAGGCAAAGUUUUCUUUGCAGGAGAGGCCACCAACAGGCACUUCCCCCAGACUGUGACAGGCGCAUACCUCAGCGGGGUCCGAGAGGCCAGCAAGAUGGCUGCUAUGUAAACUGUCACUAACCACAGAACACUCAAAAACACCAGCAUGGACGACACACAGAGGGGUCACAGGGAGAGACAGACCGUUCAUAUACUGUAACUCUUGACUGUGUUACCAUCGUUCACUUAAAGUUCCACCACACUGUGAUACUGUACGUCUGAUCGCCACGAUGCCCAGAGUCAUUUUCCUAAAGGCAAAGUCAUCACAUAGCUGGCAUCACAUAUUUAACAAAAGUGCGUUUAUUUAUUUGAGAGAGAAAAACAAAAAUCCAGCCCCUGAAAUGUUUUUUUGUUAAGAAGAGAAAAAUAAAUCCUUGUAUCAUGGGUUGUUUUGGAAAGCAGAAUUAAGUUAUCGUGCAUUAGUUAUGAGUUUAAUGUUUGUUGUACUUGGAGGAAAUGGUCAUAUUUUUCAUUUCAAUGGAUUAGGCUGCAUGAAACAUUGGUUAGUUGUCUCAGUCUGUCUCUUGUCUUAUCGACCAAUGUUUUAUUCAACUGUCAUGCAUUAGCAUUGUAUUGCAUGUGAUUAAUGUGUUGGUACAAACAGACCUGGAUAAAAGAUUAGAUCUUUAUUAGCCCUUCUGUGAUAGCACUUUUUAUUUAGAUCAACUGUUUGAUUGAAAAAAAGAAAGAAGAAAAAAGUAGGAAAAAAAUGAAUAAUCUACAUGUAAAGAUAAAAUCCUCUUGUGGUUGAGAACGAUCAGAUGACACCAGGCGUUCCCUCAUACUGUACUUUCUCAGGGUUUUGAUCAGGUUUACAUCGCCUCACUGCAAGAAGAGAAAAAAAAGGCAACACAAGCAACCAAAGGAGGGAAAUGUAAUCUUCCGUGUUGCUCCUGUAUCAUAAGUAACUGAAACUAAACCUUGGCUUCUGAGGGUUUCAAGGUCAUCACAGCAAUGUUCUCACUUUCUCUUAUGACUGACGCUUUACAUGCACACUCAUAUCUGUCAGUUCUGUUUGUCUGACAUUUCACUGCCUGAGUAUUUAUCUCGUUAAACUUGUCUGUGUGUAAUAAACUGAGCUCUGAACUGCCA